AUGCAAAUCAGCAGCCGAACGCGAGGUGUCAACACAGUUGUCCCAGAGUUUGGCAAACGAACAGAACUCACCAUGGCACAAUACCGUGCCCCGAAGUCUGGACUAGCCCGGGAGGCUCAGGCUAAGAUAGACGCAACAUUCGACACACAUGAGGCCUACAAAUGUUUGGACUGGAUACAAACUUUGAUUGGUCAGGAUCUGCAAAUCGAAAACCAUGACGACAAAAAGAUGAUGAUGAAUCAUUUCUAUGAAAUACUUAAGGAUGGAACCGUCUUGUGCAGAUUUAUUGACACACUCAUGCCCCGAGACCGGAAGUUAGACUUUUCCGUAAAAGCAUUUCAACCUACGAACACUGUAGCUUUUGCGUCUGCUCGCGCCAGAGAAAGAAUUGGAAUAUUUCUGGAGAAGGUUCGAGACUAUGGAAUUUCAUGCACAAGUUCAUUUCAAACUGACUAUCUGUAUGAACGGACCAACCUCGUCCAAGUGUGUACGUGUAUCAGAGCUAUCGGGAUCGAGGCACAGACGAGACCAGAUUAUCGUUGGCCAUGUAUUUGGCCAAAGAAAGCCAAGGAGAACAAGCGGACUUUUUCGGAAGAACAACUGCAGGCUAGUAAACAAACCAUUAGUCUCCAGUACGGCACUAACAUUGGCGCCACCCAGGCUGGCCUGAACUUCGGCAAACAGAGGAUGAUCAUAGACUGACCCUACUAGUGAACUUUUAUAGUACAUGACCUUUGUAUGUGACCUUGUCUGCACCGACCGUGGCACGUGACCAUUUUGUGAAUUUCAGUCUAUUGUCCUACAUGUUCAACAUCAUCACAUAGCAUAUAUGUCCUUGUUAUUUUGUUUGGUACAUUAUCUUGACACGUGACCACUGGUCGUGACCUUGACAUAUGUGUGUUAACACGGCCUGUUGGUGUUAUGAUAUUGAUAUGUUUACAGCUGCCAAAGGAGCGAACAGUUCUAUGUGUGACCCUUUUGACCUUUCAAACGACCUUCAAAUUUAACUGAAUUAGCAAUGGAUAUUUUAUUUCUCUGUUGAAUGUCAUUUAUGUCCGUAAGAUAGAGGAUUCAUGUCGGUGUAUCAAACAGGAUAAAGAAAUCACCUAACCGAUACGUGUUCAUGUCAUCAAAUUAAAAGAGAAUUAUGCGCCAGUGUAAGUAGUAUUUAUCGCUGUACGAAAGAUUGGAUACUUAAUUAAUGCGUUCCAUAUCUUUAGACAAUAUAUACAUUUUCAUGAGAAAUGUUCUACCACAGUAAAAUGUCAAGUUAAUAUGUUUAUCGCUUAUUUUAGAAUAUGGGAGUUUAUUCCAGCUCCCAUAAAUUACAGUAAACUUGAUGGUCAUAUACAGGAAUCUGGUGAACUGGAUUAGGGAACUGGGAGGCAUCAUGUAGAAUAGAUUCUACAAAAGUUAUUUUUAGUUUAUUUUUCUGGAUUCCAAAAUAAUCAAGUUCCACUCGGUAUCAGCUGAUUAAAAUCAUGUUUAUUUGUAAUAGUUACGAAGUAUCAUUACAGUCAGAAAAUCACGAAAGUAUUUCAUCAUUAGCGUUUCGAAAACCUUCUCAAAUCUGUUAUAUUCAGUCACGUAUUUAUGUGUUACACGGUUUGAUUUGCCGACUGUAGAUGUUUACAUGUAUAUAAAUAUUCCAAUAAAAUAAGUGUACAUAAACAAUCUAACUUGUAUGAAAAUAUUGGAUCAUAGGGCACAUUUCAUUUGUGUUUGAUUUUGUUUCCAUUUGGCAGAUAUGCAGCUGCGGAUUAAACUUUUCAACUUGUUUUCCGUCAGCCAAUGCUAGCAAAUAAGUUAACAAACAAUGUAUUAUAUUUCAUUUAAUUUGCAUGUAUAUAAUAUCAUCAA